CGAAAUAACCAACAAGAAAUGUCAGAACUUCGUAGCCAUCUAUUGACACAUAUCCAAAUUAAAAUGAAAAUGUUCCUCCUUGAUAAUUUGCAGAAAGUAUUUAUUGUGAGACGAACGGCAAAUUGACCUGCAUGAGAGUGUACAAUGACUAAGCAAAUUUUUCCUGAAAGCGUAAAAGGUAGAAGAAAAUCGAAGCCUCGGUGGCUACUCGACGUUGGAACUUGAAAAAUUGUGUGGAGGUGGAUACGUAUGGAUGGAAAACGAUCUAUAAAAAUGGAUCCUUUGUCACCUGGCCCCUGUUUAGAUAUUAGUGAUGAUGAGCUGGUAACUAUAUCAGUAAGAGAUCUAAAUAGGCAACUUAAAUUACGCGGUCUAUCAAGAGAAGAAAUAGUACGUAUGAAACAACGUAGACGCACAUUAAAAAACAGAGGAUAUGCAGCCAGCUGCAGAAUAAAGAGGAUCGAACAGAAGGAUGAGUUGGAAUCAGAAAAAACACAAGAAUAUCGGGAUAUGGAAGCUAUGCAGGAAGACAACAAUCGUAUGAGAGAAGAAAUAGAAUCUUGGCACUCAAAGUAUCUAGCAUUAAAAAAAUUUGCAGCAGAAAAGAAGAUUCAUAUUCCACCAGAAUUAGAGACUAUUUAAAAUUGAAUAAUGUUCCUUGUACUGGAAGGUAAUAAAAUUAUUGGAUUUCACAUAGUCCUGCACAAAAGUUGCAUAAUGUAAAGGAAUUACAUUAUUAUGUCUAAAUGCUGGUUAUGUGAAAAAGAUUAUAGUGCACUUAAAUAUUGUGCACAUAAUAGAUUAGAUGUAAAAUGACAAGAUGAAGAAGCUACGAUUACUAAUAUACAAUAUCAUAUGCUACUUAUAUGUGAAUAAUUUUUACUUGUAUUAAAAGUUGAAUGUUUUUACAUAAACUAUUUCACUAUAUUUGUUAUUUCCUUACAAGCCUUUUCAUUAAAUACGGAUCUUGUUUAAUAAAAAA